CCGGCAGGCACGGCGACGGCUCGGCUGCCGCUCUCCUCGCGCCGGCUGGCACCAGCCGCGGCGUCGCCAUGGUCGGGAAGUGCGACAUGCCUCCGUGGUCGAGGGUUGAGACAUCGACCUAAUGCCCACCACUCAGUGCGGGCGCGCGUAGUCGAGGAGAAGCUUCGCGGUGGGACGACGCGCCACCCUAGCGGCCUAGCCGUCGAGUUCUGUUCCUGCUCAGGAACAAUCUAUGGACGGGAAGCAUGGGUUGACUUGACUCAGCGACUCGAGAGUCGUUGGCCCUUGGCCUGCAUCUUCUGGGAAAUGAGGCUAAAGCACACUGGCAGCUUAGCAAGUAGUGGCAGUGACUUGCGAGAAACAGCAGUUACGCACACGAAAUUAAUCACCCGCGUAAUGAUUGAUCAGUUCAUCAGCUUUUAGUUUUCAGUCAAAUGGAUUUUAUGCACUGACCAUUAUUUGCAAUGGCUAAGAUGGUAGGGGACGGCAGGAAUUCAUACCAAAUGAUCAUUCAUCAAUUUUCUUUCAGAGCCGCUGAUGGAAGAGAUUUCAUUCAAUUGGUAGAGGAUGCCUUCGUGGCAGUUUGGGAUUGCAAAAGGAAUUUUGAUAUUGAGAUUUUCUCUAAAAAUAAAUAGGAAAGCUGAAAAAGAACGAAAAGGAAGCAAUCUACCUCUACCCAACCUUUUUUUUUUGAAUUGUUAAAAGGUGGCUGGCUCGGAUAGCUUGACUUGACUCCCACCUUCCACGAAAUGAACCAUCACUUAGCUGAAAGGCUAUAAGAGUUUCAUUUAAGUGCACUAUCACUCAGCUCAAAGACUUCAGGAAUCAGGAGUUCUACCCAUAUAUAGAAUUGCAAAUCAAUACAUUUUGAUAGUUCACUUCCCUCUAUUUCUCUUGACCACAGUGAAUACCAUUCCGUGACCAUGGGCAUGGUUGUUGGUGAGAUGCUUGCUUCAGCUGCCUUGAAGCUGGUCAUGGGAAAGCUUGGCAUGCUCAUUGGGUCUGAGGUUAGCUUGCUGUUGAAGUUCAAGGAAGAUUUGGAGUCUAUUAGGAGCAUGCUGGUGACUCUUCAAGCUGUGUUGAACGACGCUGAGAAGCGGUCGUCACGAGAGGAACGUGUGUGCCUUUGGCUCAAGAGGCUUAAGUUUGCUGCUUAUGACAUUCAUGACAUUUUAGAGGAAAUGGAAUCCAAGAAUGAUAUGGACCGCGGUGCGCUUCAGAAGGUGGCACAGUUUAGGGCACACAUCACCAUUUCUCACAAGAUGAAGAAGAUGAGACAAAGGUUGGAGAAUAUUAAAGAAGAAUCAAAACUUGAUAUAUUCAAUUUCAAGGCUGAUUGUUGCUCUUUGGAUGAAAAUGUUCGUAGCAGAGCUACAUUUUCUUCUAUCAGUGAAGAUAUUGUGGGGAGGGCCAUGGAGAAAGAAAUUAUAGUUGCUAUGUUGACGGCAUUUAGCAAAGAAGAGAUUCUGACAAUCUCCAUUUAUGGUUUUGGUGGCCUUGGUAAGACCACUCUUGCCAGGUUAGCUUUCAAUGAUGAGAAUCUUGGGAGAGUUUUCGAUUAUAGAGUAUGGGUCUAUGUAUCGAUGAAAUUUGAUCUGAAGAAAAUUGGUGAAUCUAUACUUUCGGAGAUUGAUGGUGGUAACUGUGGCCAUGCAAACCUUCAGGAGGUUUCUCGUCAUCUCCAAAGAGUUCUUGCUGGCAAGAAGUUUUUGGUUGUUCUUGAUGACCUAUGGGAAGAAAAUGGGUUGCAAUUGCUAAAGCUGAAGGCAAUGCUCAGUGGUGGUGCAAAAGGAAGCAAGAUCAUCGUGACUACACGCAGUGAGAAGAUUGCUUCCCUGAUGCAUCCUUGCACGCCUUACAAGAUGGGUGUCCUAUCAGAUGAUGAUUGUUGGAUUUUGUUUAAGCGAAGAGCCUUUGUUCCUGGAAGGGAUUAUCAUAGGAUAGAAGGAAUUGGCAGGGACAUAGUGAAGAAGUGCAAUGGUGUGCCCUUGUCGGCACAAGCUUUGGGUUUUGUGAUGCGAUUCAAGGAAGGAGUGGCUGCAUGGGAAGCAGUGAGGGACAGUGAAAUAUGGGAGAUAAAAGAAGAUCAGAAUAUCAUGCCAUCUUUGAAGCUUAGUUACUGCAUCAUGCCUCCUCACCUGAGAUUGUGCUUUGCAUACUGUGCAGUUUUCUCCAAAGGAGCUGUCAUAGACAAGGAUAUGCUGAUACAGCAGUGGAUUGCACUUGGCUUGAUUCAACCAGCUAGUGGAAGUUUGGCAUUUGAAAAAUGUGGUGAGGAGUACGUCCGUGAACUAGUGAGCAUGUCCUUCCUUGAGGCUUCACUGAUAUCAUCCUCGGCAGCUAACCACCACAUGAAAGCUGCAAGGGUAUUCCAGAUGCAUGAUUUGGUGUAUGACCUAGCAAGAUGUGUUGCUAAUGAAGAAUUCCUAUUCAUGGAUGCCCAAAGGACUGGUACUGUUAGUGCUGGAAGUGGGGAUUACCGAUACAUCGUGCUGAUGAAUUACAGUGAGAUUCCCAUGAACAUCAAGUCUGUACUUGGUAAGGCAAGAUCGCUCCAUUUUAGGGAUUGCAAAGGGCUGCAUAUUUCUGGGAAAUCAUUCUCCUUGAUCCUGACUAAAUUCCUGCGAGUCUUGGACAUCAGUGGCUGUUCUAUCUUAGAGUUACCAAGUCAACUAAACCAGCUGAAGCAAUUACACUAUCUUGAUGCAUCAGGAAUGCAAAGUCAAAUGAAACAUGGGUCUUUCACUGGUUUGCAAUGCCUAAACGGACUAAACCUUUCAGCAAGUUCUUUUUAUGAAUUCCCAUUUCAGAUAGGUAACCUUGCCAAAUUGCAUUACUUAAACCUUCAUGGUUGUUACCGCCUCAUGCUACUAUCUCAGUCUAUUUGUGCACUAAGGGAUUUGGCGCAUCUAGACCUAUCAGGAUGCAUCAACCUACAGGUUUUGCCAACAUCUUUUGGCAAACUCCACAAACUCUCCUUCUUGGACAUGUCUGGUUGUCUCGACCUAGUUAGCUUGCCAGAAUCAUUUGGUGGACUCUGUUAUUUAGAGCACCUUAAUUUGUCAUCCUGUAAUGAACUUAGAGAGUUGCCUUUGUCAUUAGGCAGUCUUCAAAAGCUCCUCAUACUGGACAUGUCCAGCUGUCAUAAGAUCCGCGUUCUGCCCAUAUCACUUUGUAGUCUCCUAUAUUUAGAGGAUCUCAAUUUAUCAUGCCGUUAUGAACUUCAAGAACUACCUGAAGAGUUUGGAAAAAUUCAUGGACUUCGUAUUCUGGAUCUAAGUGACUGUCAGAGACUUCAAACAUUGCCUGAUUCCUUUACCAACCUCGUAAACUUAGAGAAACUUAGCUUGUCAGACUGCUGGGAACUUCGAAAGCUUCCAGAAUCAUUUGGGAACCUACAGAAAAUUCAGGUUUUGGACUUGUCAUGCUGCUCACAACUUUUUGCACUGCCAGAGACUCUCACCAGCCUCACCAAUUUGGAGCACCUAAAUUUGUCAUGCUGUAUUAGCCUUAAAAUAAUGCCUGGAUAUUAUGGCUGCUUAAAGAAACUUAAGGUAUUGAACAUCUCAUAUUGUUUCAAGGUUUGUAUCCCUGAUGGCAUUUCCAAUCUGUGCGACCUCAAGAGUCUGUUAGCAGUUGGUUUGGAUGAUUUUUCUUGUAGUAAUAUGGAUGACUACAAUUGUGUAAGCAGUUCGAUGCGUAUGCCCAAGAUAGAUUUGACUGAAGAGGCCAAUCUCGAUAAUGAUUUUGAUGAUAUCUUGAAGCAUAAAAAGCUACAUCUUGCGGAUAUUAGCAAUGUGCGAAACAUUUACAAGUUUGAGAAAUUUGCAUUGCACACAUGUCAGCAGCUCAACACUUUGAUACUUAGCGGCAACUACUGGAAUGGUGAUGAAGUUGCAAACAUUGCGCCAUAUAACGUUUUACUUGAAAAACUCGUACCCCCAAGGAGCUUGGAACACUUCGAACUGUUUGGCUAUCAAGGUUCCAUAUUUCCUGAGUGGAUGCUAAAUUUGGCAACCAUUUUACCAAACCUUGUGCACGUUGAGCUCACCCUUGUAAUGUGCAACCAUCUUCCCCCUCUUGGUCAGCUACCAAAAUUGCAGUCUUUGGUCAUAAAAAGCUUACCAAAUGUCAAGGGUGUUGGGGAAGUUUUUGUUGGGGGCAGCAAACCAUUUCUGAAGUUAAGGUAUCUCAACAUCAUCGACAUGCCAAACCUAGAAAGGUGGUUGACAACUAUAUCGACGGGUGACGAAGUGGAGUGCAUGUGUGUAUUCCCUAGCCUUCACCACCUGAAGGUGUCAGAAUGCCCAAAGUUGAGAUUUGAACCAUCUCUUCCGGAGUGCUUCUUGUUGGAAAUUUGUGCUUGUGAUGAGAUCUUGCUAGGACAGCCUAAGACACCUUCACAAUCACACCCUAUGCCAACAAGAAGGAUAACAAUUGAGUACUGUGAGUUAUGGUCCUCAGGCGGGUACCAACUUCGGUUAUUGACUUCCUUCAGUUCACUUAAGUGUCUUUCAAUAACCACAUGUGAAGGUUUGAGCUCUUGGGGAGAAAGCAUAGAAGCAUUAACCAGCCUUGAGGUGUUGGAGCUGUCAUUCUGUGCCAUACCAACAUGUUUGGGAAGAAUCACAUCAUUGCGGAGGCUGAGUAUUGAGAUGUGUGAAAUACCUUGUGAUUUUCCUCAGCACUUGCUGCAGCUUUCAUUAUUGCAGGGCCUGCGAAUGGUUUCUUGUGCAGCUGACUUUGGCUUACCUAGUGAAAUAACCAGAGUCAUCUUGGCUCAUAUUCCAGAUAUCAACUUAUACUUCGUGGGAUGCGUCAGGUGUAUAGAGCAGAAGAACGGUAUACUCUCCGCAUUUCAAAUCAUUCCAACUAGCCAGGAACCGUCAGGUGAUUCCAAAAGGUUGAAGUCAUGCCUACGGUUCAAAAGGUCUGUCAAAGUUCCGCGGCUGAAGUUCAGGCGCCGCAAGCACCAUGGUGUUACCUCCAUUCGAGUAAGCUCGACAAGCAGGAACAAGGCCCCAAGUACCAGCCAGAAUUCGCGGCAUGGAUCGACUUUCGAGGGUGAAGUUCCCAUAGGAGCUUGGGAUGACUUCGUGCGGAUGAUAUUGAGAAGCAGCAGAUCUCAAGGGAUCCGUCACAGGAGCAUGACGAUCAGCCAAGGCGUUUCGGUGAUGAACUUGCAUUGAAACGGCGGCAAGAGAUCCUGCGCAAGUGCUGUUCCUGAGUUCCCUCCCGCCUCACCUCAUCUGGCUGUAAUGGUGGUAUAAUUCUUGUUUUCUUUAGAGAAGUUUGGAAGGCGAUUGUUAGUGUACUAGAAAUGCAGCGACUAUGCCUGCAUAUUUGUGUGGAUGUCGUGCCCAGUUACCAGCCUUGCCUGUAAGCUACCAGGUGUAUUAUAAUUGGACUAUUUGCUGGGACGUGCUU